AUCUACCUCUCUAAGCGCUCAGUCAAAGAUAACGAACGCCAUCAUUGAUCAUUUCGUUGUUGUUCUGUUUAUUCCUGAUUCUUCAUAGUUUCUUUUCACUAAUACUGCAUCUGACUUUACCUGUUUUACAGGCUUCAUUUACUUCUGUUUUUGUGUCUCUGAUCCUUUGUUUUGCAGAUUUUCAUUUUCAUUUUCUCUUCUUUCUUUUCUUUUUUUUUUCUUUUUUCUUGUUUGUUUUUUGCUAACCCUAUGGAUGCAGGACCUUUCACCUCUUCGAACAAAACCCAAUCUAGAAACCCUCUUCAAGAGCAGAACCUACAGAGAAGAAAUUCAAGGGAAAAUUUGGACAGAUUCAUUCCGAAUCGUUCUGCCAUGGAUUUCGACUUUGCCCAUUACAUGCUAACGGAAGGGAGAGUGGAGAAAGAGAACCAGGCAACGAUCUCUCCAUCAAAAGAGGCUUACAGGAAGCAGCUUGCUGAGACUUUGAACUUGAACAGAACUCGCAUUCUCGCUUUCAAGAACAAGCCCCCCGCCUCGGUUGAGGCAAACUUCCCAGAAUCUGCCAUAUCUGUUCACCAAGCAAAGCCCACGAAGCCGAGAAGGCACAUUCCUCAAUCUUCGGAGAAGACAUUAGAUGCUCCAGAACUUGUAGAUGAUUAUUACUUGAAUCUACUUGAUUGGGGUAGCAGCAACGUUCUAGCCAUUGCCCUUGGUAACACAGUGUAUUUGUGGGAUGCUUCCGAUGGGUCUACCUCUGAACUUGUCACCAUUGACGACGAGGAUGGUCCUGUAACAAGCGUCAGUUGGGCUCCCGACGGACGACACAUUGCAGUUGGCUUGAACAAUUCCGAAGUCCAACUGUGGGACUCUCUAGCCAAUAGACAGCUGAGAACUCUGCGUGGCGGGCACCGAUCUCGAGUGGGUUCCCUCGAUUGGAACAACCAUAUUCUAACUACUGGAGGAAUGGAUGGACUGAUCAUCAACAAUGAUGUUAGAGUAAGGUCUCACAUUGUGGAAACCUACAGAGGACACCAUCAAGAGGUCUGUGGCCUAAAGUGGUCAGCCUCUGGGCAGCAAUUAGCAAGCGGAGGAAAUGAUAACCUUCUCCACAUAUGGGAUCGUUCAAUGGCCUCCUCGAAUUCUGCAACCCAAUGGCUUCACAGGCUAGAAGAGCACACAUCAGCCGUG